CAACACGUAUAUGGCUUUGGAUAUGAUGUUUCCCUGUGCUUCCAACCUUGCAGUGAAGAAGAGCUCGAAAACAUGAAGCAAGAGGAGAGUGAUAGCGUCGCAGAAGGAGGUCCAUCCGGAGCAGCAACAAACAAGACUGGGGAGUCUUCGGUUUCAGAACACUCCGCGGCCUCAGACAAAAUUGAUUCCGAGAAACCUGACGAGGAGAAGGCAACCAUACUCCCCGAUUCGCUUCCUGUUAGUCACUCAUUCGGCCUGUUCCAACAUGAUCUUGAAAAUCUGGCACACCUUGGGUUCCUACGUCAGCUGCAGUGUAUUGCCUUCAUGGUCAUUGCCACUCGCAGCCCUGAAAGGAUUUACAGCGUCUCUUGCACCUAUCAUCAGGUCUGUGUCUCUGUGCCCGUCAGCGGACAGCGCUGGCCAAACACUGUGGCCUGGUGCUCGUAG